UAUAUAGGCAAUGUCUGUUUUCAAAUGAUUAUCAAAUAUUUGUCUAAUCUUCACGCGCUCGUGUCAAAGUUCGUUAGUGUUUCCAGAAUAAGUAAAAGAUCUAUAAAGUUCUUAUCAAGAGAAAUGGGGCCUCUCGAGAGUGCGAAAAAAGUAGCGGCUUACAGAGCUGUUGAUGAAUAUGUUAAAAAUAAUACAGUUAUCGGUAUUGGUAGUGGAUCUACAGUGAUCUACGCUAUUCACAGAUUAGCUGAACGACAGAAAGAAGAGAACUUGAAGGUUGUUUGCAUCCCCUCGUCUUAUCAAACCCGACAUUUAAUCAUCAGUAACAAUCUACCUGUUGGUGACCUUGAAGCUCAUCCAAAGAUUGAUUGUACUAUUGACGGAGCUGAUGAAGUCGACGCAGAUAUGAAUCUUAUUAAGGGUGGAGGAGGCUGUCUGUUGCUUGAAAAAAUUGUUGCCUCAUGUUCUGAGAAGUUUAUCAUUAUAGCUGACCAUACAAAAAACUCUCAAAAGUUUGGAGAUAAUUACAAAAAAGGAAUACCUAUCGAGGUUGUCCCAUUUGCACAUGUGCCUAUAAAGCUGAAAAUAGAAGAGAAAUUUGGAGGCACCGCAGAAAUCAGAAUGGCUAAAGCCAAAUACGGGCCUAUCGUCACCGAUAAUGGUAACUUUAUUCUUGACUGGCACUUUCCACUUGAUGUUGCCGACUGGAAUAAAGUUUACACCGACCUCUUGCUCAUACCUGGAAUAGUGGAGAUCGGACUCUUCAUGAAUAUGGCUGAAAAAGCAUAUUUUGGUAUGCCCGAUGGAACAGUUGUUGAAAGAUCUGCUACAUGAUUUCGGAAAUCCUCACUUCGGAUCACGCGACAGAUUGGGAUCAAAUCCGCUUUAUUAAAUGCGGCUAACAAUUGAAGAAUUCCAAAUUUUUAUUGAACAUAUAUUCUUAAGAAUCUAUUUUUUACGUGACAAAAAUUUAUUUCUAGACUAGAUUUUUUGUUACUUAUUGAUGUACUUCGAAUUCUGUUAUUGAUCAUGUGAAUAUGAUAUUAUUAUGCUGUGUCGGGCGAAUGUCUGAAAAAUUGUUUUUUGAAAUAUAUAUGAAAAAAAAAAACGUUACUAAAUCACAUUUCUUUUAGUUCACGACGGGCAGCGGGUAUCACAACUUCAUAAAUUGAUCCCCCAAUUGUCAGAUACCAAAAGUAAUCAUACGUUGAUUGAUCGGAUUUUAAGAAAUAAUAUAUGAGAAUCUCGAAAUAAAUGUCAACAUUCUACUUUACGCCAUGUCAUAACAACCAAUGUGGCAUAAUUCAAAUUCGUAAACUUUUAUGGCUAGUGUUAUCAUAAUGAUGGGAUAUACAAGCUGCGAGUAGAACACGUUUAGAUAACAGUAAAAGAAUGUUCUUUAUCCCCACCAGACCGGACUUAUCUCAAACGAUGACCGUGUUUAUAUUGUAUCGAUGUUGAAGGCAGUCAAACUAAUAGUCGUUGAUCCAUCAGCAUUACUACGAAAUCCGCUGCUCCGAAAUUUAAUUUAAUAAUGGUGAAUCCUACGGUUAUCGAAAGCGCGAAGAAGGCCGCCGCUUAUAAAGCUGUCGAUGAAAACAUUGCGGUGGUUUCAAAUUUUUUUAUAAAAUAAUAACAAACAUGAGUUACAUUUAUUAAGAGUCAUGCAUAAUAUAUUAAUGAGUACGUAUUUGAUUCUCAGGAUAACAGCAUAGUUGGAAUAGGUAGUGGUACCACGGUUCUCUACGUAAUUCAAAGAUUAGUUUAUUACAGUGGAGCUAGUGAAGGAGAAAGAUUGGAAAAUAACGUGUAUUCCAACAUCGUUCCAGGCGAGACAGCGGAUUUUAAGUAAUGGUCUGACUCUCGGUACUCUAGACAAUUACCCAAAAGUUGAUUGUACCAUCGACGGAAUAAAUGAAAUAGACGAGUCGUUCAACAUUAUAAAAGGCGGAGGUGGUUGUUUGAUGGAG